UGUACUGGACGGACUGGGGCGAGGUUCCUAAGAUUGAGCGAGCGGGGAUGGACGGUACCAACAGAGCCAUGAUCAUUGACAAGGAGAUCUACUGGCCCAACGGUCUCACGCUGGACUACAGCCAGGAGAAACUGUACUGGCUGACGCCAAGUUCAACUUCAUACAUCGCUCCAAUCUGGACGGCACUGGGAGGGAGGUGGUGGUUAAGGGAGAUCUCCCUCACCCCUUCGCUCUGACGCUGUACGAGGACACUCUCUUCUGGACCGACUGGAACACCCAUUCCAUCCACUCGUGUCAGAAAGAGACCGGGGAGGAUCGGAAGAAAGUCCACUCGGACAUCUUCUCUCCCAUGGAUAUACACGUCUACAGCCAGAAGAGACAGCCGCUACUGUCUUCACCAUGCUCCGUGAACAACGGAGGCUGUUCCCAGCUCUGUCUCCUGUCUCCUAUUACACCUCACUACCAGUGUGCCUGUCCCACCGGAGUCCAGCUGCUAGAGGACAGCAAGACCUGCAGAGACGGUCCCACACAGCUCCUCCUCCUGGCCCGGCGGACUGACCUGCGCCGCAUCUCCCUGGAUACGCCCGACUUCACCGACAUCAUCCUCCCGACGGACGACAUCCGCCACGCCAUCGCCAUCGACUAUGACCCGGUGGACGGACACAUCUAUUGGACGGACGACGACGUCCGGGCCAUCAGGAGGUCCUACCUGGACGGCUCUGACACUCAGUUCAUCGUCACCUCACAGGUCAGUCAUCCUGACCUCAGGUCACUAACAGCUGGGCCAGAUAGUUACCUCACAG